GCUCCAAACCUUUGGAAUCUUUCUUUCUUUUUCCCUUUCAUUCAGGGAUUGUUUCUUUGUUUUCUAGGGUUUUGAAAUUUCCAGAAUGGCUUUUUUUGCCAAAGAGACCAAACUCCUCGAGGCUGCAGACAAUCUCGUCAAGCCUCAUUCCUCAACUGAUGCGACUCUCAAUCUUCUCGAUGAUGUCCAGUCUCUGCUCGGCACUGUCGAGCAAGAUGCUCCUAGUUCUGUAGAAAGAGCCCUUUUUUCAACCACGACGGCUUUGGUAUCUGCUGAUCUCUUAAGAAACCCCGAUUCUGAUGUUAGGGUUUCUGUUGCCUCUUGCUUGGCUGAAAUUAUGAGGAUUAAUGCUCCACUGACCCCUUAUCCCGAUGUCCAAAUGAAGAUGACAGUAGAAGCAUUUGAUAAACUAGCUGAUGCUUCCAGUCGCAGUUACAGGAAAGCUGAGGCUGUUCUUGAGACUUUUGCAAAGGUCAGAUCUUCCUUAGUUAUGCUGGACUUAGGAGUGCGAUGAUCUUGUCCUAGAUAUGUUUCGACGGUUCUUGAAAGUCAUAAGGCUGGAUCAUCCUCGACUGGUCCUUCUCUCAAUGAAAACGAUUAUGAUCACAGUUAUAGAUGAAAGUGAUGAAAUACCCAUGGAUUUGCUCGAGACUCUCUUAAAACUCUGUCAAAAAGGAAAGCCGGCGGCUUCCACGCUUGUGGAGAAGGUUCUCAGUAGUUGUGCCCGUAAGCUUCAGCCUUGCAUCAUCGAAGCUUUGAAGUCCACAGGGACCAGCUUGGACAUUUAUUCUCCACUAGUUUCAUCAAUUUGCCAAAGCGAAUCUGCCAUUACUCAAGGGCACAGUGAUGUUAAUUAUUCUCCACUAGUACCAGGUCUCGAAGAAGAAGCCGAAGUAGUGGGAGGAGGCACAUCUAAGAUCACCUGUGUCUACCGUAGGGUAAAGAAAAAGAAUGCGCCUUGGGAAACAAAUGAUGAAGAGCCUGUUAUACUUGAAACAGGCAAUCCAGGUAGAGUCGACAACCGGAAACCUCUGGUGCAGUUGUUGGACUUCCGGAGUUCAUCUGAACAAUGGGGCCCUGUUUUGCGCCACUUGUAUGAAGAAGAAGCAGAGGAAGAAGAUGUGGAUUACCUUCGCCAAAGAGACGAUAGUCAGGUAGGUAACCCCUGA